AUGAUCAUCAUUGUAGCGCGAAUAUUUUUUACUUCAUUUUUUGUGAAUUUUAUUAUUAUUGAUUCUUUAAAAGUAUUGUCAGCUGUUAUUAUUGCUCUCUUCAUUGCUAUCUAUCUAUCUAUCUAUCUAUCUAUCUAUCUAUCUAUCUAUCUGCUCCAGUCUGUUCAUUGCUAUCUAUCUAUCUAUCUAUCUAUCUAUCUAUCUAUCUAUCUAUCUAUCUGUUUCAGUCUCUUCAUUGCUAUCUAUUUGCUCCAGUCUUCUAUUGUUAUCUAUCUAUCUAUCUAUCUAUCUAUCUAUCUAUCUAUCUAUCUAUAUAUAUAUCUAUCUGUUCCAGUCUGUUCAUUGCUAUCUCUCUAUCUGUUCCAAUUAAUCUAUCUAUCUAUCUAUCUAUCUAUCUAUCUAUCUAUCUAUCUAUCUAUCUAUCUAUCUAUAACACAUUUGCCGCUGAUGAGUGCUUCAAUACAACACGUCUGUGUGGUUGUUUUCUAA